ACAGUAGAAAGAGAAAAAGAGAGAGAAAGAGAGAAAGAGAGGAUGUCACUGUUGUCAUUAGGCAUACAUACGUAUACAGUUGUACGUUGAUCUCUCGUGAGAGACCUCUCAUGAAUUUUCUAUAUUUUUUUUCGUUUGAAAGUUUUAAUUGAGUUAGAAGUAAAAGCGUCGCAUUACAACGAAAUGUUUGCCCUAACGAAAAACGGACUCCAAAAGUCUAUGGUAAACUAAUGUGCUUGGCGUACAUAUGCUGUAUAUACUUUUAAUUGUCUAAUUAGUAUAUUAAAAUGGUACACACACUUUUCCGUUUAUUUUCUCUUUCUCUGUUAUGUAUAUUACAGAUAAGCCGUGGCGGGGUGGCACUAACUCAGCAAUUCGCUAGAAGCACUGCAUCGUCAUCGUACGACACCACCGAAUAUCAAUACAUGCAGAUGAGCAAGGUGCCGACGUUGCACUUUCAAGCGUCCCUGCCCCGUUUACCAAUACCGAAGCUCGAGGACACGUGCAGGCGGUAUCUGAAUGCGCAAAAGCCUCUGUUGAGCGACGAGCAGCUGCGACACACGUCAUCUUGCGUAUCGAAGUUCCUCGCCAGCGAGGGACAGGGCCUACAGAAGCUGCUGCUCAAAAGCAACGCCGAUAACUCACAUACCAGCUACAUCAGCGAGCCAUGGUUUGACAUGUACCUACAGGAUCGCAAGCCCCUACCAAUCAACUACAAUCCCUUCUUGGUUUUCGUGCCAGAAUCCGAUCCGAAAUAUGACAAUCAAUUGGUGAAAGCGACCAAUCUCGUCGUGUCGUCGCUGAGAUUCCUAAGGUCACUCAGGGAUAACAUUCUGGAGCCAGAGGUGUUCCAUUUGAAACCUGAAAAGUCGGACACCCAGUUGUUUCGCAAUGUCACUAAACUGAUCCCAUCUCGCUUUAGCUGGUAUGGCGCUUAUUUAUUUAAGGCUUUUCCAUUGGAUAUGUCCCAGUACAAGAACCUGUUUAACACAACGAGAAUACCGGAGUUAGGAAAAGAUAGAAUCUUUCACAAUCCUUCAGGCAGGCACUUGGUCGUAAUGAGGAGAGGUCAUUUUUAUGCGUUUGAUGUUCUGGAUGCGAACGACUCCAUUCGCAGUCCUAAAGAGAUAGCUGCGUGUUUGAAGGCCAUUUUGGAAGACGACAGACCAUCGAACAGACAUCCCGUAGGUGUUCUCACGUCAUUGGAAAGGGAUCAGUGGGCACGGGCGCGCACACAUUUGGUCGAAACGGGGAAUCGAGAAAUUCUCCAAAAAAUCGACUCUGCUGUAUUUGUGAUGAUCUUGGACGAUGAAACAAUCGGUACCGAGUAUAACAAGUUAAUUAAAACGUAUUUACAUACGGACGGUACCAAUCGAUGGUUUGACAAGUCGUUUUCCCUCAUUGUUUCCAAGGACGGUUACGGCGGCAUCAACUUCGAGCAUUCAUGGGGCGACGGUGUUGCGGUACUCAGAUUCUUCCAAGACGUGAAGGCCGACAUAUCGAAGAAACCUAGAUUUCAUCCUAACGAAGUGGAUGAAUUGUCUAAAGAGAGUGCAAAUGUAGAGAAAUUACAAUUUUCUAUAGACGCUAAGAGCGAAAACAUUAUCGAUCAGCAGAAAAGAGAUUAUCAAACAUGGGUAAAUCGACUGUGUGUCGAUUUCAUGAUUAAUGAGGAAUUUGGUAAGAAUCAAUGCAAGAAGCUCGGGGUAAGUCCGGACGCUGUAAUGCAGCUGGCAUUCCAGUUGGCAUUCUAUACCCUAGAAGGCAAAUCGGUACCAACUUAUGAAUCUUGCAGCACAGCUGCAUACAAACACGGUAGAACAGAAACCAUCAGACCCUGUACACUGGAGACUAAAGCGAUUUGCGUCGCUAUGACUCAGAAGCAAAUCGAGCUUUCUAAAUCAGAAUUAAAGAAAAUGAUAAUUGAAUGCAGUAAAGCUCAUAACGUGCUCACGAAAGAGGCCGUAAUGGGCCAGGGAUUCGAUAGGCAUUUAUUCGCUCUGAGAAAAAUUUCAGAGAAAUCGGGUUCGGUUAAGCCAACCAUUUUUCAAGAUCCCGCUUACGAUGCCUUGAAUUACAUCAUAUUGUCUACAUCUACCUUGUCGAGUCCAGAUGUAAUGGUUGGUGGAUUUGGACCAGUAGUAUCUGAUGGUUAUGGAAUUGGAUAUAUGAUCCAAGAAAAUCGUUUGGGUUCAGUCGUGACGAGUUAUGAUGGCAGUCGUAACGCCAAUCAAUACAUACAAGCGCUAGUACAUGCUUUCAAGAGCAUCCAUGACGUAUUAAUCACGUAAUUAUGGUUAUGUAAUUUGCCUGAUAUAGUUCAUUACUUUUUUAUUUGGAUAUACUUUUGAUCGAAAUCCAUUGACAGCUAUGUAAUAUUGUACAUUUGUAUAGGUAAGAAUGUUUAUAAUCAUGUUAUUCAUAUCAGAGAUAAACCUAAGUAUCUUUUAAGUAUGUUUUUAGAUAGCUUAAACGUGGAGAAAGCAAUAACUAUGCAACGACCAUUGUCUCUGAUAAUUAGAAACUUUUAUACAAUUGUUAAAUAAAUAUUUUUAAUACUUUUUAAA